AUGGAGAGGAGCGGUAUCUGGGGGAUUCAAUCAUUCAACCUGUUCCUGCUGCUGUUUCUCUCGGGUUAUCCGUUAUGCUGUCAGGGGAGCUGGAUGUGGCUGGGCAUCACAUCAGUGGGAGCGGUGGAGAAGAUGGGCUGCACUAAUCUGCCCCUGUCCAGCAAGCAGAAGGAGGUGUGCAAGCGUAAACCUUACAUGCUGCCCAGCAUUAAAGAUGGAGCACGCAUGGGCAUCACAGAGUGCCAAUCCCAGUUCAAACACGAGCGCUGGAACUGCAGCACCAGCCGAGAGACGUCUGUGUUUGGCUACGAACUCACAAGCGGAACCAAAGAGACAGCUUUCAUCUAUGCCAUCAUGGCAGCUGGGCUGGUCCAUUCAGUCACCCGGUCAUGCAGUGCAGGCAACAUGACUGAGUGUUCAUGUGACACCACGCUGACAGGCAGCGGAUCUCAAACCGAGGGCUGGCACUGGGGUGGCUGCUCAGACGACCUUGCCUAUGGUACCUGGUUUAGUCGCCGUUUCAUCGACCAUGCAGUGAAGAAUGCGUCAGCCCGAGGAGAUGAAUCACUGCUCAUCAUGAACCAGCACAACAGUGAGGCGGGGAGGCAGGCUGUGGCCAAGACGAUGUGGACGGACUGCCGCUGCCACGGUGUCUCAGGCUCCUGCGCAGUAAAGACAUGCUGGAAAACAAUGGCAUCUUUUGAACGUGUGGGCAGCUACUUAAAAGAACGCUAUGAAAACAGCGUGCAGGUGCAGGACCGCACCAAGCGCAAGUUCCGGCGCAAGGAGAGAGAGCAGCGACAGGUGCCCAUCACUCGGGAGGACCUAGUUUUUCUCAACAAGUCACCCAAUUACUGUGUGGAGGACCGUCGGCUGGGUGUGGUCGGGACUCGAGGACGCCGGUGCAACCGCACUUCUGCCGGCCCAGAAGGCUGCAAUCUGUUGUGCUGUGGCCGGGGAUACAACACGCAUGUCGUGCGGCACGUGGAGCGCUGCGAAUGCAAGUUCGUCUGGUGCUGCUACGUGCGCUGCAGACGCUGCGAGACCAUGAAUGACAUUCACACGUGCAAAUGA